UACUGGGGCGGCCGAUUACGGACUUCACUCUGAUUGCAGAAUUCAAUCUUCAGGGCGUUUCAUUCUCCAAUCAUAUUCUUAAAUAAUGGCUAACAAAUCUGUUCUUGUUUUAUCUUUCGUGUUUCAUGCGUUUUCCAUGUCGUUAGCAAUGAAUUGGAUGCUCUCACGACCACAACAGUGCCCGGGCAAGGUACCAAGAUCACAGGCACUGAUUUGGACCUCCGAGGCAAUAUCUACAGUGGAAUGUGUGAAGAAGUGCGAAGAGAACCACCUGUGUUUGGCGGUGUACUACAAUGGUGAAUGUCGGAUGUAUUCUAGUGUGGCUGAUAAAGAAUGCACUGGAUUUGUGGUGGAGACAGACUCAGUGAAUUCCAAAUAUUUUGAAAUCCAACAGAAAUGCAAAGGAUCGAAAUGCAGCUGCACAAAAACCUACCGAGGAAGAUCUUGCAACAUCAAUAUCAUUGCCAUUGGUGCCGUAUCUUACCUGCCCAUGGACGAAAUAAAGGAUGACAAGCUGGUUGGUUAUGGACUUAUACCAACCUUUGGUGUCAAACCGGCUUUCGAACCCGGAAAAGACGGCAACGCAAUCCGAAUGCAAUAUCCAACUUAUCUGGAUUAUGGGGACCAACGUCACAGAUGUCUGGGGAACUUUGAUAAAUGCAGCAGCGGUUGGACGGCUGCUAUGUGGUUGUAUAAUUUUGAUGGUAAUCGUCACGGGGGAUACUUUCUCUCUACUGGUGGUCAGACUGCAAGCAUAGGGAUGGCUCUGGUGUAUUACAACGACGCGAACGGAGACUACAUCAAAUGUUUAUUGAAAACAUCGAGAAUGAAGUGGUCAAAGAGCGUUAAAAUGUCAGUUCAAAUCUGGUACCACAUUGCAAUCACCUGGAGCACCGAUAAUGGUCUUGCAAUUUAUCUCAAUGGUCAUCUUGUAAUCGAGCAAAAGACAGGAAAAGAUGAGACAACCACUGUUGACAUCUCUAGGAACUUCACCAUCGGGGUACCAAACAAUAUUCUUAGUUUAAGCGACUUCAGUCAGGCUAAUUAUUACCCUAAUGGGUAUAUUGAUGACUUGAUGGUUUGGGAAAAGAGCUUAUCUGCAGAACUCAUUGCAGACUUGUAUAAUACUCCAAACUAUAAGCAUGACUGA